AAACAAAAAAAGUUUCUAAGAAACAAUUUAAAAGUGAACGUGAUGUUUAUGUUACAUCAAAGUCAAGUUUUGAGGUUUGUGGUGCUUAAUAUCCCUAUCUUACCUGCCUAUUAUUACAAUAUCGAUGGAUUAUAUGCAAUAGUAUACACAAGUAAAGUACUGUACGGAUAUUUUCAAUACAGGCGAAAAUGUUAUAUAUCUCCAUUGCAUGGGAAGUUCUAUUAACCGUUGCCUUAACUUAGCUUUACACAUUAUCAAAAAUUACGGUCAGAGAUUAUUAUACUCUAUACAUACAUCAACAAUUAAAUUAAUUGAUGAAACUCAUCCUUUACACGAGAAUGAAGACAUUGCCUUAAGAACACGUUAUAAUUCUGCUUUACAUAUAAAGUUAUCACGUCAUCUAACGGAAUAAAAUUCGAUCUGUUUAACUAUGUUCAAAUUGUCAGAACUCGUUCGUUGGCUCGGCCUAACCGAAUUUGAAAUAUUGGUUAACCUAUGUGGAAUGCUUACAUUUACAAUCAUACUCGCAUUGAAAAUAUCUGGAACUUAUUCAAAUUCUGUAAUCGAUUGGUUUACUGCAUUUAGUCCAUUAUUUUGUAUAGACAUUUUUAAUGCAUAUUUUUGUGUGAUCGUGGGCAUUCGAAUGUAUUUGGAUUCCGAUAACAAGCGGAAAGCACUCCACAGAGUUAUGUGGAGUACAUACUUCCUGGUACUUAUAUCAAUAUUUAAAUAUUUGUUGUGUUUAAAAUUAUCUGGGCAAACUGGCCUUGAAUAUAGUGAGGUUUUUUCCCCAAUUUUUGUUUUACUUCAGUUGGUUGCAAUAAGAGCUUGUCAAAUACCUAAUUCAUAAUAAAAUUUAUACAUAUCUAUAAAA